AUGAUGUCGACCACUACAUCGUCGUUUGCGGGCGAAUCAAAGCAUGCUGGCACCAGACAACGUCGACUGGUCGAUGCUACAGACAAAACAGAGCCCGCAAACGAAAAGUCCAACAUCAAGAAAACAAAGCACAAACACCGCCCAGUCUGGAGACGUCUUGCGAGAUUCUCAAUCAAACAUCGUUGGACCAUUCCACUCGUCCCUCUUCUUGCAUUCAUAUUCGCAUACCUUCUCAAUCCGUCGGAAUCAAAUAUUAUCCACUACUUCCUAUUCCUCUCAUACAAAUUCCAACGACCAGAAACUCAAUCCGCUCAAUAUGGUAAAGGACUAUGGGACAUUGCCUUCACCCUCUUCUACACCAUUCUCCUAUCCUUCACCCGCGAACUCAUAAUGCAAGAAUUUCUCCGCCCCUUAUCCAUCCACUACGGCAUCAAAUCAAAGGCCAAGCAACUACGGUACAUAGAACAAAUGUACACCGUCAUCUACUUUGGCCUCAUGGGCCCUUUGGGGUUGUACGUAAUGCGCCACAGCGUGCCGGAAGUAUGGUACUUCAACACGCCGGGCAUGUACUCUUCUUUCCCGCACAGAUCGCACGAUGCGAUGUUCAAGUUUUAUUAUCUGUUUCAAGCGGCGUAUUGGGCUCAACAGGCUCUUGUUAUGAUUAUGGGACUUGAAAAGCCGAGAAAGGAUUAUAAGGAGUUGGUGGUGCAUCAUGUGGUCACAUUGGCGUUGAUUGGGUUGAGUUAUCGGUUUCAUUUUACCUAUAUGGGGAUUGCAGUUUAUGUUACGCAUGAUGUUAGUGAUUUUUUUCUCGCUAUUGGCAAAUCCCUCCAAUACACGAAUAGUCCCCUCGUCCCACCGGCCUUUGCAAUCUGUGUCACGGCAUGGAUCUAUCUACGACACUACCUUAAUCUCCGUAUUUUAGUUUCUCUUCUUCCCGGUGGUGCCUUUCAGACUGUUGGCCCUUACGAGCUGAACUGGGCGACGGAGCAGUACAAGUGUUGGAUUUCGCAAAUCGUUACGUUUGGGUUGUUGGCGUGUUUGCAGGCACUCAACUUGUUUUGGUUGUAUUGUUUGGGGAGAAGCGUGUAUCGGUUUUUGGUUUAUAGGGUUGCGAAGGAUGAUAGAUCAGAGGAUGAGGAGGGGGUUAUCGUGGAGAAUUGA